CACAGCCUGAUGAAUAUGUUCACACUCACCCAGGCAAUCUUUAAAAUUUCUGUAUUUCUCUCUCUGCAGGAAUGUUCAGUUGUGAGGCAUGGCUGCGACUGAUCCAGCAACACGUGGGCACCAGAGCCUGCGGCCCACGGCCAUGCAAGCGGUUGAUCCGGUGCUACGAUUGCAGCAGCUUCUCCAGCUUCGAUGCGAGCUGCAGACGUGAGAUGCGCUCGAAUGCCCAUGCCCAUAUGAGCCAACGCACGAUGGGCGACAAUGGUCGCAAGUCUCUGAUGGAAUCGGCCAACUCGGAGAGGCCGAGCUUCGGGGGGAGCAGGACGCGCAGGUAUCUCGGCUAUACCAUCGUGCUGGGCAGCCUCUGCAGCACCGUGCUGUGGGCCGUCUAUGAGCUGGGCAAGCCCGAGCAAGAUCAGUUCGGGCGCAGCAUCGAGGAUGAGCUGAGCCCACUGCCAGUGCUGCAGCAGUAUCUGCAGCGGAUGUGGCACUCGCUGCACUACUACCAGAAGAUGCUGGAGGAGCCGCUGACCACCAAGCUGCUGCCGGACGUGCUCUGUCCGCCGUACAUACAGCCGCCCUACACUCUGGUCCUCGAGAUGCGCGACAUCCUCGUGCAUCCCGAUUGGACGUACCAGACGGGCUGGCGCUUCAAGAAGCGACCCGGCGUCGAUCACUUUCUGCGGCAGUGCAGCAAACACUUUGAGAUCAUUGUCUAUACGGCCGAGCAGGGCAUGACAGCGUUUCCCAUUCUGGACGCACUCGAUCCGAACGGCUAUAUACGCUAUCGUCUGGUGCGCGGCGCCACCCAGCUGCUGGACGGGCAGCACAUCAAGAACCUGAACCAUCUCAAUCGCAACCUGCGACGCGUCAUUGUCGUCGACUGGGAUCGCCGUGCUGUUCCACUGCAUCCGGACAACAUCUUUGCCAUUACUCGCUGGGUGGGCAACGACGACGAUGUGCAGCUCUUCGAUCUGGCUGCAUUCCUGGAACUCAUUGCCGAGCACAAGAUGGAUGAUGUUCGUGAGGUUUUGCACUAUUAUCGCCAGUUCGAGGAUCCCAUUGAGCAGUUCAAGGAGAAUCAGCGCAAACUGCUCGAAUUGAAACAGGAGAAGCCAGACUCCGCAGCAAAGGCCUUAAAAUAAAAUAUUGCUA